UGUGACGUCCUAACAGAGAGAGGCGUACCGGUUUGCUGCAGAGUGUAAUGUGCCUGGUAAGCGUAGGGGAAAAUAAUGUGAGAUAGAUGUUUUAUUUCAGUUCAGUUUUUGUUCCUUUGACAGCUUUAAACUGCACGGAGUAUCGUUGGUGUCUCAGUGAUGGGGCACACUCGAUGGAGAAACUUCCUCUUUUUUCAGGCUGUUGCUGCCCAUAUUUGUGCCUCACUUUCUGCUGCUUCAGUUUCUAUUACGUUUGAAAGCGGACAUGCUACUAAGUGCUAUGGAAGAGUUCAAAUCGACAACGGCAGCAUUUUGGAAAGAUUCUGCGAUGACAGAUGGGACUUCAACAUUAGUCAAGUGCUCUGCAGGGAGUCCAACUGCGGGAAUGCGCUGAAGCCCCAGGUGGAACCCAAGUCCAAGACACCUGAUUUCAGCUGUAAGGGAGAUGAAAGCUCCUUUGGUAACUGCAAGCGCACAGAAAAUAAGACUCAGCAAUGUGAAACAAAGGCAUAUGUUGUCUGUUCAGGCACACUUUCACAGCCCCGUAUCUCACUGGAGCUUCCUAAUGGGACCGUGGUUGAAUCAGGACAGGCAGAAAUCCCCAGGGGUUCCAGCUUUGUCUUCAGUUGCUCAGUUGCUAGUUCAACGCUGAACUCAGUUCACUUCCAUCUGAGACACAAUGGCACAACUACCGAAACAUCCCCGCCAACAAACAGCAUCUCAGUGCCGUUUGGCUUCCCUGUUGCUGAUUAUAAACAUGAUGGCAACUAUAGCUGUAUGUAUACGGUGCAACUGCAUAGAAACUACAUGCUUAGUGAGACAGGAUGGAUUCAAGUCAUCAUUACUGAACCAUGGUGGAUGGUGCUGCUGUACGUAUUGCCCGCUGGGAUCCUGGGUCUCCUUGUGGUUUUGCUGGUCGUCUGCCUCACCUGCAGGAGAAGACGACGAGUCGUGAAGCUGAGGACUGCGGUCCUGAAUCAAAUGUCUGAUAGAAACAGCUACAUAGAUGAGGACGAUGAAGAGGACGAGAUGGACUAUGUAAAUGUUGAUCCAGCAAACACCAAAAGCCAGAGAGUCAACGAAGCAGGGGAAGAGGUAAAUGGUUCAGAUGACGUGCCAAACAAGGGCUCUGGUGCCACAGUGCGCAACAUAAGAAAACAAAAGGAUGAAGAGGACAGCUCUGAUGAUGACUAUUUAGAGCCUAACAUGGUCUCUGGACUUUUACAGAGCAAUGCAAAGGAACAGAGGGAUGAAGACAGCUAUGAUGAUGAACACGACUAUGAAGAACCUAACGACGGUCCUGGUGCUGCAGUGAGCAGCACUAAAGAACAGAGGGAUGAAGAGGACACGGAUGAUGAGCACGACUAUGUACAGCCUAAUGAGGGUUUUGUUGCAGGGAGCAACAGAGAAGAAGAGACAUAUGAUGAGAGCAGCACCGAUGAUGAGCAAGACUAUGUCAACAUGGUAGAACAAAUAGUGGACAUUUAUGGAGAAAACUAUAUUUAUCAAAACCUUUAGACAUGAGCCCGAAGAAAUUCCACCACGUACCUCAAUCACACUUUGUCCUAAAAUACAUUUAGUUGCUACAGUCAAGUACUGUCACUCUCGUGUUUAUUAGUGUCGAUCACUACAGACACCUCUGCCUUUUUGGAAACAACCGAACUCUGAGUUUGGAGGGCUCCAAAUCCACCCACAAAUGAAAUCCUUACUCUGUUUGUGAAAUGUCAGAAGGGAACUGCCAUUGGGACCAACUUGGAAUUAGACAAGCACAAGAGCUUCAAUGUACGGACUUCUCAAAACGGGACUAAGUUAUUACAUGGACUGUAGAAUCUGUUUCACAGUUUGUGAUGUGCACAACAGUUAUGUGAACAAAAAUCAGGGUAUUCAGUAUUAAGAACAAUAUCAUCUGGCAAACUGGAUGUAUUGGUACACCUCUGGUAGCCACACAUCCUUCUGAUAUAGUCCUAUUACAAAAAAGGGAAUAACCCUAUUGUGAUUACAUUGGCAGCCAUGUUCCUCUACUACAGUUAUUAUUCAUAAAUGGUAGGGACUUUCUGUUUGAGUACUGCUCUUUUUGUGUCAGAUAAAUGCCUUUAACAUUAGGUACCUGCUGGGGAAGGCAAUGAAAGAAGUCUGUUAUUUAUUAAUGUUUCAUUCUUUAGUACUUCAGUGUUGGCAGGCAUUAAAUGAUGUUAGCAUGCCAUGUUGCAUAAAUGUUAAGAUCUUUGUAGAACGGGGAGUAGGCAUGCAUUUGUUAUGACAAUUUUUAGAUGAAGCUUUUCAAUUUUUUUAAUUCAUCUGAACAGGUUUAUUUCUGAUUGAUGACAAUACCAAUUGCAUCAUCCUUUGUUGUUAUUUUUUUCCAGUCAGAAGAAAAAGGAGUUCCAAACAAAUAAGGUAUAAAACUUGCACUUGGCUAAACAAUAUAUUAAAAAACUUUAUUUUGAUAUUAUGUUUAUUUAGCUAAAAUUAACUUUUUUCCCCGUUAUAUAUUUGCUUCAAGCUGAAGUCUCUGAAGAAGACAAAAAAAAAAAACUGUUGCAAGCACCAUUUUGCGGCUGUGGAAAUCUCUGUUUAGGAUAAAGGAUUGUUAUAGUUGUGAGAACUGAACUCAGCUUGAAUAGUUGUGGGAUCGACAUCGAUUUUGAAAAUUGUUUUGUGUACCAAAAAGCCAAGCAAACAUUUUAAAAUCCAAAUAGUUUUCUGUUAGCAUCGGUCAAAGAGGAACUACAGCUGCUUUUUUUUUUACUGCUUCUUCUACCAAACCAAAAUACGGCCUCUUCGGUUAACGUGUCACUUUUGGCACUGUAGAAAAUUGUCUCACUGGCUAUAAAAGAAUUCCCUCAGUGACGACUAAAGAUACGCAGAUUUGCAGUUGCAUAGUGAUGUUGUUUUGAGAAAAAA